UGGAGCCAGCAUAAUUUGGAGCAGCCUUCACGCUGUUUUAAAUGACGCAGGGGGACUGGAUUCAGGCACAACCAGCCACGAUGGGGAGCCCAAAUUUGGCUUUAAAGCUACAUGAACAUUUGCAGGAUUAAUGGUGCUUAAGCCACUUUCCAAUGGUUGACGCAUGAGUCACUUCCGUCGCACAGGAUGCUGCCCGAUUUCCAAGCUGUAAAAUGCGGGGAGAGUUAUACAUUAUUAUCCCCCAUUACCUGCCCUAAUGGGGGAUAAUGGUUUCACCCCUCAGCUCAUAGAGAGCCGAGUACUACUAAUAUUUAUAACUCUCCCCACAUUGUAAAAUGAGCUAAAACAGCCGGUAAGAAGCGCUAUUACGUUAUUGCAUCAGUAUAUGAAGCUAUUUUGCGCCGGACAAUUAUAAGAGGUAGAAAAAUCAUGGACGCGCCUGAAUGUCUCCCAAGUUCCCCGCACCCAGCGAAGGCACAAAGGCAGGGCGGGACCCAGGGGUGACUGUUUCUCGAGGGCUAGGGCCCGCCGUCGUGCGUGGCGCUGUACAGCGAGGGGAGACGAGCUGGAGGGACAAUGACAAUGUGCUCUCAGCCGUGGGCGUGGGGAGGGCACCGGCCAGCGGGGCUGGGCGGCCUCGUAGAGAUCCACCCGCUCGGGCGGGCGAACGCAGCCGCGGCUCCGCCCUGGGCCUGGCCGGGCUCCACAGGAAACUGCUGCUGCUCCCCUCUCCGCCUGGCCCCGCCGCGGGCUUCGCCUCCAGCCGCCGCCGGGGCUGCGGACCAGCCGCUUUCACUUUCGCCUUCGAGUCGUCUCCGCUGCUGGAGCCCCGGGACCCCCGCGCGCGGUCAGCUUGGGGAACCCCUUCAAGAACAUUGGACCUUUGUAAGUAGGAUCAGCAUUUUGACCGGAACUUGAAUGCCUCAAAGAUUGAAGUGCAGCAGGAACUUGGAUGUCUUGAAAGGUUGCUCAGUAAAUCAUCAAUUCAAGCAGGGCCUGUCAUUUUUUUUUCUUCAACAGAACUUCUCUAUUUAAAAACAUCUGAUUAAGAUCAACAACCAACCACAUGUUCUGUUGGAAAUGGACUUCAUGACAUGUUGGCUUCCUGCUUAAAACACAAAAAGAGGGCAGAUAAACUUAAAGGAACAGCAGCUUGUGAUGACAAAGUGCCAAGUGCCAGCUGCCCUCAUUCACCAGAUCGAGCAGGAAUUGGACGAAGAUGAAAAGGAGAUGAUAUUUUUCCUGUGCCGGGAUCUCGUUCCUGAUUUAUCUAAUACAGACAUCAGGGAGCUCCUGGGGGCACUGAAUGAGAAGGGAAAGCUGCCGUUUGGCUUGUCUGAGCUGUUAUACAGAGUGAGGAGGUUUGACUUGCUGAGGAGGGCCCUGCGGACAGAGAGAACAGCAGUGGAGACUGAUCUGGCGAGGUAUCCUAGAAUGGUCUCUGAUUACAGGGUGCUGAUGGUAGAGAUUAACGAAGAGCUGGAUAAAAAAGAAGUGGGUUCUCUCAUUUUCCUGCUCAAGGAUUAUGUGCCACGUAUGAAAAUGGCAAAAGAUAAGAGUUUCCUGGCUGUUGUCAGUGAUCUAGAGAAACUAAAUCUGGUGGCUCCUAAUCAGUUGGAUUUGAUAGAAGACUGUUUGCAGAACAUUCAUAGGAUAGACCUGAAAAAGAAGAUCCAGCGGUACAAACGUGAAGCUCUGUCCAACAGUGGUUCUCAGCCAAUGUAUAUAAAUGCGCUUCAGGCAUCUCUCCCUAACCUGACUCUCAUUGACCCUCCCUACAGUUCAGGGAUCCAGAGUGUGAACAAAGAAAGAUCAUUAAAUGGACAACAUGCCAUUCAGAGUAAGAACACCCUACCUGUUCUUUCAUUAACAAAAAGACCUACUGUGUACUUCUUUGUAUUAAGGGACUAUUUACAUUUAACACAAUCUGAUUCCUCAUCUUUCAGCCGUAAAAUGAGUGCAGAUAUAUACAAGCUUCUCUUCUUCAUCAGCGAGGAACUGGACUCGGACACCCUGAUGGCCCUGAAGUUUCUGAGUCUGGAGUACAUCCCACUGAAGAAUCAGGAAGACAUUCAAGAUCCCAAGGAUUUCUUCCAAAAGCUCCAGAACAAGGGACUGAUAGAAGAAGAAGAUCUGUCCUUCGUAAAGGAGCUACUGUUCAGAGUAAACCGCAUAGACCUCCUGACUGGUAAACUGAGCUCCAGCAGAGACGAAAUGGAGAGGGAGCUUCAAAUCCCAAACAAGGCAAAAGUUUCACCAUAUAGGCAACUACUUUACAGAAUCUCUGAAGAAAUAACUAGUGAAGAAGUUGCCAGUGUAAGAUUCCUGCUGCAAAAGGAGCUACCAAAGAAGAAGCUUCAGGACAAUGCUACAAUAUUGAAGCUCUUUAUAGAAAUGGAAAAAGCUGGGAUAAUGAAUGAAACCAAAUUGAAGGUGCUGAAGAGUAUUUUACGGGACGUUAGACCUGACUUGGCGCAAAGAAUUAAUACCUACGAAGUAGAAACACAAGCCCCAGAUGAAUUGAUCACGAGCUUGGAACCUCCUUUUCAGAGCCUGACACUUAGCGAAGGGCAUAUUCACCAGGAAGUUCCCUGCCCUAAAACAUGUGCAUUUGCGGGCCCAGGUGAAUCGGGAGCAAAGGAAGCAGCGUCAGUGCCAAAGCUCGAGAACCCCUACACGAUGGACAAUAAUCCUCAUGGCUAUUGUGUGAUACUGAACAACUCUGAUUUUAAAAAUCCUGAUGAAACCAGGAGAGGCACAGACAAAGAUGCUGAGGCUCUGAAACGGGUCUUUGAGUGGCUUCAGUUUGAGACAAUUGAGCACCGGAACCUAGAAGCAGAGGAAAUCUGUAAUACAAUCAAAAAGUAUAGCAACAUGGACCAUAGCAACAUGGACUGUUUCAUUUGCUGCUUACUCUCACAUGGCGAAAGAGGUAAAGUACGUGGGACAGACUGGAAUUCUGCAGCCGUCAAAGAUCUGGUCUCCUGCUUCACUGGAUCUGAGUGCCCCUCUCUCGCUGGCAAACCCAAACUCUUCUUUAUUCAAGCCUGCCAAGGUAAGAGAGGGCAGAAAAGUAUCCCAGUGAAAGAAGAUUCUUCUCGACAGCUGGAGAUAGAUGCUUUGCCCUUGCCUUCCAUUCCUGACUGGGCUGAUAUCCUCAUUGGUCUGGCUACAGUGGAAGACUUUGAGUGCUACAGAUACAUAGAGAAAGGCAGCGCGUUCAUUCAGUGCCUCUGCAAGGAAAUAGAGUCUUUCUGCCCACAGUACGUGGAUCUGCUGACAAUCCUGACACAAGUCAACAAAAAAAUGGGAGAAAAAGAGUUUAAUGGGAAAAAGCAGAUGCCGGAAAUAAAAUCAACCCUGCGGAGGAAACUGAUCUUCCAGGUGCCAACGCUAGACAAUUAACCAAAGCAAUAAGAAGUCUGAGAUACACUAAAUUAGGAAUUUUGGGAUGGAUUCAACUUGCAGUUCCAAAAGACAAAUGGACUGGAUUUGUUCAGUUAGGUCCCAGUCCUGCAAGGUACUGAGGGCCCUCAACUCUCAGAUCUCCAUCACUGCAAUGGCUCAGCGUCCUGACUUCCAGAUCUGCAGCUGUCCAAGUCACCAAAUGUGCGUAAGCAAAGGGGCUGAGUGACUGACCUGCAUCUGUCUACUUUAGUAGGAGUUGAGAGUGCUCAGCACCUUCUAGCAUUGACCCCUUGGUCCUGAUUUCAAAUGAAGACGCACUCUGCAAAAUCUUGAUUCCCAAACAAUGAGGAAUUGUACAGUUUCCAUUUGUCAAUGUUAUUCAUAGAUGAUAAGGCCAAAAGGGACCAUUGUGAUAAUCAGGGAUCUUAGUUUUCUGAGAUAAGAAAAUCCCCCAAAUUCUCCAGUAAAAAACCAUAAAAAUCCAUAUUUUUCCACAAUUAAAAUUAAAUGCUGAAUUUUAGUUUCUCUAGCCACAAUAUGUAUAGCUAUCAGUUGAACGCAAUGUUUCAUUGAUAUAUUUACAAUUUUUAAAGCAAGUUCAAAGCCUACCUGUGCCAUUGGGUGGGUGUGGCGGGAGGAUAGCUCAGUAGUUUGAGCAUUAGCCUGCUAAACCCAGCGUUGAGUUCAGUCCUUGAGGGGGCCAUUUAGGGAUCUGGGGUAAAAAUCUGUCUGGGGAUUGGUCCUGCUUUGAGCAGGGGGUUGGACUAGAUUUGUAUGUCUGUAUUCUAUAUUUUCAGAAAAUUGUGUGUGUGGGGGGGGGUUUAAUGCAUAAACACUUGAAUGAUACAGUCACAGUGAAUUGUUUCUUUACUGUUGAUGGUCCUGCGAGUUCAGCCUCUUGUUUUCAUUUCUUUUCAUUCAGUUUGUUUAGCACUUUCCAUGUGUUCUACAACUGCCUGCCUUUGAAUGUAAUCGAUAGCCUUGCUGCAUACAGAACAGAACAGGACAUUACCAUCAAUGUGAAAUUUUUCCUUGCCAAACUCAGUGACACAGUCUUUAGGGGUGAUUUUUAAAGUUUUUGGCCUCUUUUCAUAACUUUAAUUACUCACGUCUGGAGGCUGAAGUGAAAUUUGGGAUGCAUUAAAACGCAAACCCCUAUAUGCUGUUGAGUAACCUCUAUACACUGGAAGCAGUUUAUUGGAGUAUGUUUAGCUAUGUACAUUUAAAACGCAUUCAAAAAUCAACCACAAGAGGGGGAGGUUGCACGCAUUGAAUAAGUGACACCGGUACUUUUAGUAAAAUUUAGUUAAUAGUUAAUAUAUGUUUUUAUUUGUUCACAAAAUGUAAAAACUGUUUUUUUACAGAAAAUCUCUAAAUUCCAUUUUUUUCCGUGGCAAAUGGAUUUCUAGGAUCCCUGGUGAUCAUCUAGUCUGACCCUCCUGUAUUGGAGACAUAGGACUUUCCUGAAUUAAUUCCUGUUUCAACUAGAGCAUAACUUCUAGAAAAACAUCCCGUCUUGGUUUACCAAAAUCCAUCUUUACUAUCUCAACCCGUGCCCUUCCUGACCCCCCGUCACCUCCAAAAAACCUUCCUUGAUUUGCAUUCUUGAUUUACAGAUCUGAUCUUGGGAAGAUUCCACAUGGUUCAGACACAGUUUCCAUUACCUGCAUGGACAGAGAAAAUUAAGCUAUACAUUACCUAGGGGAUCAGGUCUAUCGCAUGGUUCUUAGGGGAAAAAAAGUCCCUUUGUACAGUGACCAUUUAAUUAAAUCCGCAAGCAGGAAACCACCAUUUUAAUCAUGUUUUGCAUUUGUACUUUUUUUACUUAAGGAAAUGUUGAUUUCUCAUUAGUUGGUAACCACCAAAGCCUGUUGACUUGCAACUAAAUAUAGCCUUUACACUAAAUUUGGUGGUAAUUUUUGCUAACUGGGAGGAUACACUAUAUCUGUACAUAUUUAUUUAAGCAACAAUAUAGCUUAACUUAUAUUUAUUCAGCUUCUUUGUUUUGACAUUUUUUGAUUGUUAGAAAAUGGUGAAUGAGGCAUUUUGUUUUUAGUAGAUGAUUAAUUUUUUUAUUUGUGACCUUUGUCACACUCUAUUUGGUGGAAAUUCAAAUUAAAUUAAAAUUCAGAAAAAUAGCAUUUUAUUGUUUUUAUUAAAUAAAAUGACCUUAAAAGUGCAUAAGAAAAAAGUUUAUCAAACCAUUUAAAACUAACCAAUUUAUUAAACAAAGGCAGUGUUAUCUGUGUUUAAUGAAUUUAACUGAUUUAUUUCUGGUUACCAUGUCCUUCAAGAUUUUAAAACUAGUAGAUCUUACUCUCUCAAACUUACUUUUUAUUCAUAGAGUGGAAGAGAAAAACAGCAUUCCUCCUUUUUCAACUUCCAAUUGGGUUCUUAACUUUGAAUGAGCUAGUACAUGAACUGAACUAGUUGAAUAAACUGAAAUGAAGAAAAUAUUCUCUCUGCACCUAUGAAGAUUCAAAUUUGUUUAGCACUUUAAAAAAAUGUAUUUGUAUCCACCCAGACAGUGACCAAGGAACAGGAUGAUAAUAUAACACUUUGCACUUCUCUA